AAAGGAACCUAGUGGGAAGUACAACAAACAUGCCUGGUACUGGUAACAUUGCUCCGGUUGCUGGUGCAACGACUGCCUCCACCUCAACUAAGCCUAAGUCAACGUUGCAUAUGAACAAAACUAUUCUAAAAACAGUUACAAUUUUUUUGGCAAGCGGUAAACGUAAUUCUAGUAAUCAGUCAAAAAGUUUUGAUACAACAUCGCAGUCGAAACGUCGUUCGCGGAAACAAAAAAUGGAUGAGUUGAGUGGUAAAAUUAAUCCAAAAUUACUGGAAAGUCUACGUAAGAAAACGAAAUUUACAAAAGAUGAAGUGGAUGCAUUAUGUCGUAUAUAUCGUAAACUGGUAUCAAAUUGUCAAUAUGCAGCAAAAACUUUAGCAGCUGGUUCAUCUACAGCUUCUAUAGCGAAACCACAUUCGACAAUAGAGGGCAUUGAUCGCAUCGUGUUUCGAGAACUUUUGCAUAGCACUUUUGAUAUUGUCACUGAAGAAUUACUUAUGGAACGUAUAUUUUGCAGUUGGGAUAAAGCACAUGAAGGCUUACCUUUACGUUUGGAAGGUUGGCUUGUGGGGCUCUCAACAUUUCUACGUGGGACUAUUGCAGAACGUGCCGCAUUUUGCUUUCGAGUUUAUGAUUUAAAUGCUGAUGGAUAUAUAACCAAGGACGAAAUGUUCACCUUAUUGCGGAAUUGUCUUAUAAAACAACCGCAAGAUGAAGAUCCUGAUGAAGGAGUUAAAGAUUUAGUUGAAAUAAUUUUGAAAAAAUUCGAUUUAGAUAAAGAUGGAAAAGUAUCGCUACAAGACUUUAUGAGCACUGUAACUGCACAACCCCUACUAAUUGAAGCCUUUGGGCAAUGUUUACCCAGUGAAAGUGCAGUGAUGUCAUUUUUUUCAACACUUCAAGUAUAAGUAAUAUGGGAAGACAUAUCUAAACAUAAUAUAAUUUUAU